UUAUUUAUCCGCAGUCUGAUAAUAAGUUUUUUUUAUUCAAAUUGAUUUAUAAUUGUUUUAAUUAUGUUUAUCUAUUACGCAAUUUAUGAGUAAAAUUCUUAUCAACAUACAAAUAAAAUCGCAACAUACGCAACACAUUUUCAACCCCGCCUUUAUCAAUUUAAUAAUAUUAUUUAGUUUUUUACGAGUUAUUUUGACUGCCAUUGUUUUUCAUAAUAUAAUAUAAUAUAAUAUAAGAAAUAGGUCAGUAAAUGUAGAUAAUCGUAUUUUAUAAAUUACUAAUAUAGUCCAGAAUUCAGAUAUAAUCUUUGGUAUUACUAAUAUCACACAACAACGAUAUCAGCGCAUUUUCAUAACACUGUGAACUUUAUUCGAGUUAUUUUAAGCAAUUUUUAUUCUUAUUUUCUGUUGUAAUGGAAGUCUAAAGUUCAAAAAAAAAAGAAUAAAAUAAACUUUCAAUAUAUAAAAUCAAACAAAUAGAGUAUAGCACUGUUAAUUAACACAAUUUUUAACCAAAUAACUUUAGAAAUAUAUAAAUAAUAUUGCACAAUACGACCUAUUCAACCCAUUAGUUAGAACAGAUAUCAGCUGUAUCCGUAUAAUCAGUAGAAAAUUGUACCUAUAUAAUAGUGAUACAAAAAUUUGUGGAGUGUAGUCAACUAUUAGCUUUGAAGAAGACAUCAUCUCAUUCAUCUCACACAGCCAAAAUGACGAAUGAACAAUUAAUUGGAGUAAUUGAUGUUGAAUCCGAAAUAGUCAAAUUCUCCGUACUCAAUCAUAGUGGAAAUAUUUUGUUGGAUUCAUACAGGCCUAUCGAACUCAUAAAACCAUACCCUGGUUGGGUUGAAGUAGAUGCUGAAAAUAUUUGGAAUGCGGUAUGUAUAACUAUUAAUGAGGUAAUAGUUAAACUAGAGUUAGAAAAUUUAUCUAAAGAUAACAUUAAGAUAAUUGGGAUUAUAAAUGAAAGAGAUACUGUAUUAGCAUGGGAUUUAGAAUCAAGUAAACCACUUUGUAAUGCAAUUCAUUACACCGAUACUCGUACAGACAAAAUCAUUCAAGACUGUAUACAAAAUUGUCCAAAAGCACUUGAUAACAUUGAAGAUGCAACUGGCUCAAAAGUAACAUCAAUGUUCAGUGGAAUUAAAUUAAAAUGGAUAAUUAAUAAUAAAUAUAUUAUAAAACAACCGGCUUCAAUGGAAAAUAUUAAAUUUGGAACAUUGGAUACUUGGAUAGUUUGGAAGCUUACUAAAGGUAAUCUAUAUGUGACAGACAUUACCAAUGCUUCUCGGACAUUAUUAAUGAAUUUAAAAACUUUGGAGUGGUCUCCAGAUGCUUGUCAAUUUUUUGAUGUUCCAAUUUCAUUAUUGCCAACAAUUAAAAGUUCUUCUGAAUAUUAUGGAACUAUAGAAGAAACAAAUUUAAAAGGUAUAUCAAUUGGAUCAAUAUUUGCUGAUCAUCAAGCUGCACUUUAUGGAUUACAUUUUGAUAAACCUGGUCAAAUAAUGAGUAAUUAUGGUGAUAGUUGUGCAGUGUCUUGUAUAAUAGGAACAGAAUUUAAAAGAUCUAAUAAUGGAUUAAUCACAACAGUAGCAUACAAAAUUGAUAAAGAACCAGCAGUUUAUGCUUUUGAAGGUUGGACAUCAGUCGGCGGAAAAGCAAUAGAAUGGCUAAAGAAUAAUAUGAAAAUUGUAGACAGUGAUGAAAAAAUAGAAUUAUUAAACAUAGAUGCAAGUGAUGUAUAUUUUGUCCCAGCUUUUAACGGAUUAGCAGCACCACAUUGGAAACCAGAUGCCAAGGGUAUAAUAUGUGGUAUGACUCAUUUUACUAACAAAAAACAUAUACUUCGAGCUGCAUUAGAAGCAUUUUGCUUUCAUACCAAAGAUGUAUGUGUUGCAUUUGAAAAGGACACAAAUAUAGUUCCAUCUCAGUUGUUUGUAGAUGGUCUUUAUUCUAUUUAUAAUAAUAUAUUAAGUUAUCAAGCUGAUAUCAUGGGAAUAGAUGUAAUAAGCUCACAAAUGACUGACGACAUGGCUAUAUAUGGCUCAGCUAAAGCAGCAGCAAAAGUCAUAAAUAUUGAACUUGGAAGUCAUGAGUGGUCACUUAACAUUUCAAAACCAACAACGACAGAAGAAGAACAAAAAAAUCGGUAUUCAAAAUGGUUAAAAGCUAUAAGACGUAGUACUGGGAUAACAAAACCACAACCAAAUCAAACAAUAGCUGAUAAUUAUAAUAAUUUUAGUUCAAACUUUUUAUCUACAGCAUACUUAAUAGCUAUGAUGGGUAUGAUGGUUUUUUCUGAUAAGAACUGAUAUAUUAUUUAAAAAAAAGUUUCGAUUAUUGAUAUAAAAGCAAAUGAAGUUACCUAAAUAUGAACUAUUGUAUUAAAACUAUUAUAUUUUAGUGAAUACCUUUAGUAGAUUAAAUUUUGAUAAUAUGUACUUAUUUAUUUUAGAAUA